AUUCUUCUCUGAAACUUUCUCUCGAGAGAAAACUAUUUUCUCUCUCUAGAAACACACAGUCGCAUUCAUUCUUUUGAUUCAAUCUUUUACAUUGAAAAGAUCCCAUCUUUUCUUUCUCUCUCCUCUCCCGCUGUUGCAUUGGUCAGAGAAUCUGAUCCUACUUUCGUCAUCUCCGUCGUACCGCCAUUGUCGGUCAUUUCUCCUUAGUUUCUUCCCGGAGAGAGAUUUGGGAUUCCGGCGAUCAUUUCCGGCUAUCUAUCUACUUUUCGUAACCUUUCUGAGACGCAAUGUUGAAGCAAACUAAACUCGUGGCGGAACUUGACACUGUCACCGAUAAGCUUCACGAUUCAUUGAAUAUGGAAAUUAAUAAGCCAGACACUGUUAACGUCGAUCUUGGAUCACCAAUUACUCCGCUUCAGACUCAGCCGAGUGGACUCACCUCUGCGGCAACCACCACUACCUUUAGUAGCCGCAGUUCUAGCUCGUCUGGAUCGGCUGGAUCGGUAACGGGUCUUGCUGGACAUACUCCGGUUGCAAGCAAAUCCGAUUCCGGUCGAUCAAAUCCUUCCGCCGCACAAUCUAAGCAUAGCAUUUCCUCCGCCGGCGCUCAAUCGAAAUCUAGCACUACCUCCGCCGCGCAAUCUUAUAAGCCCGCCGCUAUAUCGAGUUUCGUCGCCGCUCAAUCUCAUAAGCCAUCCGCUCCCGCCACAGCUAAAUCCAAGUCGAGCAUUCCCUCCGCCGAUAAAUCUUAUAAGACCACCACUCCCUCCGUCGCUCAACCUGGGUCUAGAAGUCCCGCCGCCGCGAAAGCUGGGUCAAGCAGCCCAAAGGCCGCGAAUGGGAACCCGAGACAAGGUCGGGGCUCUGCAACGUCGGACUCAGCAAAACCGUCGGGUAAAAUCUCUACCGUGCCGCCGCAGAAGGUGAAAAUACUUCCCGCCGGGAACCUCUUCCCGUCCGGGAAGGUACAAAUCACAGGCAUGACUCAAGGAAUCUCGAAAAGCAUGGUUCUUGGACCAGGCGCCAAAUCGUACGGAUACGGUAGCGUAAUCCGAGGAAACAGCUACCCUCCUGCGAAGCCAGCGACGGCGGUUGCUUCUUCGUCUCGCUCACUUGUAAUCGCCGGUAGCUAUAGCAAUAGCUCCGACGCGGAUACUAAAACGAUCACUAGCUCGAGCCCCGAGGAAGUAAAGAGAGCUGGGAACGAAAUGUUCAAGAAAGGUCGUUUCAGUGAGGCUUUGAAGUAUUACGACCGAGCAUUAGAGCUCUCACCGACCAAUGCUACUUACCAUAGCAAUCGAGCAGCUGCACUGUCCGGUUUGGGUCGGAUUGGUGAAGCUGUGAUUGAGUGUGAAGAAGCUAUUAAACUGGAUCCGAAUUUCGCAAGAGCUCAUCACCGUUUAGCUUCAUUGCUUCUUAGAUUAGGACAGGUCGAUAAUGCAGGGAAGCACUUUUUUUCCGUGGAGGAACCAUCGGAUCACAUGGUCGUGAAGGUGCUUGAACAAGUAGAUAAACACUUGAACAAAUGCUCAAACGCAAGAAAACGUGGUGAGUGGAACCUUGUUUUGGCAGAAGUAAGCGCAGCUAUGGCUUCUGGAGCUGACUGGUCUCCUCAGCUAGCUAUGUGUAAAGUUGAAGCACUAGUCAAACUCCUACGGCUUGAUGAUGCUCAAACAGAAGUAGCAUUUAUCCCCAAAGUAGAACCAUUCCCAGUUUCUUUCUCACAGACUCGGUUUUUCGAUAUGAACUCUGAAGCUUACACAUAUUUUGUCAAAUCUCAGAUGGAGUUGGCUCUAGGAAGGUUUGAAAAUGCAGUUACGGCUGCAGAGAAAGCUUCAAAGAUUGAUCCAAGAAACAUUGAAGUUGAAACCUUGUAUAGAAAUGUUAGAUUGAUUACUAGGGCGCGUGAUCGUGGUAACGAUCUUUACGAAUCAGAAAGAUACACUGAAGCAAGUGCAGCUUAUGCAGAAGGCCUUAAGUUUGAUCCAUCCAACGCUACUCUGCUUUGUCAUAGAGCAGAUUGUUUCUUCAAGGUUGGGAUGUGGGAGAGCUCAAUCGAAGAUUGUAACCAUGCGUUGCUAAUUCUACCGAGUUACACAAAGCCUCUUCGUCAAAGGGCUGCAUCAUACAGCAAGCUUGAAAGAUGGGCUGAAGCAGUGAGUGAUUAUGAAAACUUGAGAAAGGAACUAUCUUAUGACAAAGAAAUAGCUGAAUCUUUGUUUCACGCUCAAAUUGCAUUGAAGAAAUCUCACGGUGAAGUAGUUCUAAACAUGGAAUUUGGAGGAGAAGUUGAGGAAAUUUCAAGUCUUGAAGAGUUAAAAGGUGCAUUGACACGACCUGGAGUUUCCAUUGUACACUAUUUUAGAGCCUCUGAUCAACAAUGCAAAGAGAUGUCUGGUUUCAUGGACGCACUAUGUAUUCGUUACCCAUCUCUUCACUUCCUCAAGGUGGAGAUUGAAAAAUGUCCUGGAGUGGCUGAUGCAGAGAAAGUGAGAGUUGUGCCAACAUUCAAGAUUUACAAACUUGGGAUUCGGAUGAAAGUGAUUGUGUGUCCAAGCAAGGAAGCACUGGAGCAUUCAGUGAGGCAAUAUGGACUUUAGCAAACUCAAAACACGUUACUACCAUGUUCAUAAGAGAAAAAGAGAGGAAAACUUGUCAAUAAUCUGUCAGACUUUAGGCCUUUAGUUUAGAGAAUCACUUUUGAUUUGAUUUAUUCAUUUCUCUUGUUAGGUUUAGGGAUUGAAAGAGAGAUUAGUUAUGUGUGUACAUACAGAAAAUUUUGGUUACUUAGGUGAUGAAACCAUAGAAAAAUAAACUGAGAGAGGAAACACCAUUCAUUCAUUUUGUCAAAACAUUUUUGCC